CUGCUUAAAACAGCUGAACUUGCAGUCAUCUUACACUGAUCGAGAUUCCUGCAUACAGUGACUGUCCACAUUCCUGCAAAACAAUAGCCAUGGACUUCAUAGAGCCCAUCCUGUCAGUUGUUAAAUGCAUCUAUGACCUGGUUGAGGAGGUGAAGGCCAAUAAAAAGCGCAGUCAGCGCAUUUGCGACCGAGUCAAAGCCUUGGAGAAGAUCAUUCGCUCCAUUCAAACCGAAAAGAAAGUUGUAGAAACUGAAAAUGUGAAGAGCAUCAUCAAGGAUCUCUCAAUCACUCUAGACUCAACACGGAAUCUCCUGGCAAAACAUGCGUCUUCAAACUGGAUGAAACGUGCCAUUAAAAAGGGUUACUAUGAAGAAGAGUUCAACCAUGUGAACGAAAGGCUCAACGAUGCCUUCCAGGCUCUUACUUUAGCUCUGAAUGUACAGCACGACGCAGCAGUCUGCGAGGUUUUUGACAUUGUUGUUCAGAAGAAGCAGGAUGAAGAAGACAGGAGGAAGGACGAGGAGGAGCUGCUGGAGAUGAUGACUUCUAUGCAGAGUGAUGUGACUGAAAUUCUCGCCCUCUUGAAGAUGCAAAAAAUGCCCUACGAGGAAAUUCGGAAGAUAAAACUUUCUGAGCUAAAAUUUAUCCCAGACUUCCCCAAAAAGCCAUUCAUGAUGACUGAGUCUGCAGAGAACUACAAGGGAGAGUUUCAAGGAUUCCCGGUGGUCAUCAAGAAAUAUCUCAACACAGGCCCUGUCUCAAGUUCUGAGGUGGAAACGAUUUUCAAAAAGGAAACUGAUACGAUGAAUCGCUUUCAAUCCCCCAACAUCCUGCGUUUGUUUGGGAUCUGCAUCAAUAAUGAAAACUCUCCACAGGCUGAGUUCCUGAUCGUCAUGGAGUACUGCGAAAAAGGAAGCCUUCGAGAAGUUCUGGGCUCGGACUGUCAACUGUCCUGGACCAGGAAAGCUCACAUGUGCCUUGAUGUGGCGCAGGGAAUCUAUAGGCUGCACCAGGCAGAACAAAACUUCAAGGUUCAUGGAAGCAUCAGCAGCAGCAAGUUACUGGUAGAUGAGGCCUACAGAGUCAAGCUGGGAGGCUUUGAGCUUUCAAAAACGGAGACAUCGCUUCAAAAGUCUGUGAAAAAAAACGCGCAGGAGUCAACUCUGUGCUACGCCGCUCCUGAAAUGCUGGAUAACCUCAACAACAAAUUCACCAAAGAGUGUGAGAUCUACAGCGUCGGGAUUGUUCUGUGGGAAAUUGCAACUCGGAAGAAACCCUUUGAUGGUUUAGAAGGAGGCCUCAUUUAUAAAAAAGUGUGGAAAGAAAAAUAUCAAGAGCCACUUCCACCUGAUUGUCCUGAAAAUCUCCAGCAGAUAAUCAACGCCUGCCGGGCUUACAACAGCUUUGACCGACCAUCAGCUGGUGUGCUCAUGGAUAAACUGCGCUUGGUGGUGGCCAAGCUGGAGCAGUGAGACAACAAUCAUCUUCAGAGGAAUCAGACAUGCAGCCUAGAGCUGCGUUCAGGGUGUUCUAGAGCUGCGUUCAUGUGUUCUAGAACUGCGUUCAGAGUGUUCUAGAGCUGCGUUCAGUGUGUUCUUUCUAUUUUAAACAUUUACAUUUGCUUAUGAAACAAAGGGAACUAGGCUACAUUACAUUAAUUAAUAAUUCUAAACCGUUUUAUUAAAAAUUCUUACUUAAACCUCAUAAUGUUACUUUUUGUGCGACCGGAGUAAAGAUCUGGUCAGAGAACAGUCUGCACUUUUACCUGAGAAACUCUAGCUAAACAGAACUAGACCAGCUGGUUUCUCCAUCAGAAGCUGAAUUUACUCUUCAACUGUAAAUCUAGCCUUUAAGAUGCAGACUCUGUCCAUUUCUGACAUUUUAUUGGUGAUUGUGCAGAGAUGGAUGACUAAAAUGGUGACUGGCUUAGGGUGAACGCAAUAAGGAUUUUGCACUGUUGACUUCAUGUUGGUGAAGGUUCUCACUGCUGCUUCUCGAACAAUUGUCACUUUUAAAAUUCAAUAGAAAAGUAGGGAGAAAUGUUUGUUCUUAAAAUCAAUUAUAAACCUGUAGCUUAUUCCGACCUAAGAACUUCACUACACAUCAAAACUUAAUGGCUUCAUUUGAAAGAUUCAAAGUCCCCCUUCAUUGAAACUCAUGUUUUUAGAG